AUGAAAGUCGUUAUUUACUCCAUCGUUGGGCUUGUCUCAGCCUUUAAUCAUCCAGAUCCAUACCGGCAAGUAUAUCAAACUUCCAAAGAAUUUCCUUCUGAUCUUCCAUUUGUUCCUCAAGAGGAGGAUCCCAGUCCAAGUAACUUUCCAGAACGUGUGUUUGAAGAAUUGGAGCCUCAAGAUGUCUUGCUUCCUCUGCCUUCAAGGCAACAGGAAGAGAAGAUGUACCCUAGAACCAGACCCCAACAUGACUCAAAUAUGCAGGCAAGACAUAUGAUGGAGAAACCCCCCGCAACAGUGGUCCAGGGUACUUCUGUUCAAACUUGGACUUUUCUACCGCAACAUAAUGUAGACCGACUUCAGGUGGAUCUUUCCACAGAAGGACGACCUAUGGAAGCCUUGGUGGAACUCUGGCAAGGACCUACCAAUGUUCCUCAAAAGCUUCGAGUCUUUUCUGAGAAUGGCCAAAAAUGUCCCUUUUCUACCUUGAUUGAAGUACCGGCCGACUACAACACACUUGCGGUCAGGAAUAUUGGCAAUCUGCAGUUCCCCAUGGGGGCCAUUGUGGUGGAUGCUGACACGAUGCGACCGAAUUUUUCCAAUCCGCUACAUUCAACUCGGGUCACGGGUGGCCCCAAUGGAUAUCGAAGGAUUCAAGGAAACGCCAUGGGAACCUUCAACUUUGAUAGAGAUGUGGUAAGCCUCCAAGUUGUGUUGCAAUCCGAGGGUGGUCCAAUGUCGGCGCGAGUCGAGUUGACCCAAGGACCCAGCAAUACCAAACAGUUUAUUGAUAUCUAUUCUCAAGAUGGCCUGACGUAUCCGGUGUCCUUGGUGAUUGAGACUCCGGGCAAUGGAAAGGUGAUCCGCAUCCGGAAUACAGCUGAAAUUGCUUUCCCGCUCAAGGCUUGGGUGGAGCCAUGCACCAAGAGCUUGGAUCAAAAGGUGGAAGUUGUGCCGAGAGCAACAGAGCCAGCGAAGAGAAACAUGUUACCAGAAGAUCUAGGUGCGAAUGGACACCCCUCUGAUAAAAAAGAUGCUGUGGAUAUUGAGUUUCAAAAGGUUGUCAUGAACAAUCCAACACGCAAGUUUUCCCGACACUUUGACAAACGAGAUAACCAAGAGAGUUCUCCUGGCGUUUUACCUUUUUUUUGGGCUAAGUCAAGUAAGUAUGAUGGUGGAAAUGAUGAUAAUCAACAUGGUCAUGAUCAUCAUCAACAAGCGUUCCCACCAACGAAUGGUUUACAUCCUUAA